AACACUUGUGCACCAUGCAAGAUUCUUGUCUCCCAUCAAUCCUUACUCUCCACUUCAAUACCUUCUUACAAGAUAAACAGAAAUCACAAGCAACAAACUCUGCGCCAUCCGGAAGAAAAAUGGCAACCUUAAAACCAUCCAGCUUGUUCUUGAAUUCUUCCAUUUCUUCUUCCUCCAAUUCAAAGCAAAGAGGAAUCAUUAGGGCUACCAUCAAUAUCCCGAAUCGGGUCAACAAUAUUUCUCUUCCGGGACUUCAAACAAGAGGAUUAAUGGCGGAGCAACUGCAGGAUCAGUUGCACAAAUGCACGGACAUACCGCUUAGUCCUGUCUAUGUUGAGACGGUUACAAGAAAUGAGAGAAAUGGGCCCGAUUCAUUGGUUGUGGAGAAGCUUUACGCGAUCUUGGAGGCGGUUGCAGAUAGAGUUGAGAUGCACAAUAAUAUUGGUGAUCAAAGAACCAACUGGAAUAGCCUUCUAUUAACAUCUAUCAACGCUCUCACUCUCGCUGCCGCCACCAUGGCGGGCAUUGCCGCCAUCAGCGCCGGUGCUCCUGCGGUGGCGAUAAAGCUUUCUUCCACACUCAUGUACGUGGCGGCUACCGGGAUGCUUUCGGUUGUGAAUAAAAUCCAACCAUCUCAGCUUGCCGAAGAACAAAGAAACGCUGCAAGAUUGUUCAAGCAGCUCCAGUGUCAAAUUGAGACCACUCUAUCCAUUGGAAAUCCCACUGCAUUUGAUGUUAAGGAAAUGAUGGACAAAGUCUUGGCUCUCGAUAAGGCGUAUCCACUUCCUCUCCUCGGGGCGAUGCUCCAAAAGUUUCCGGCUACUGUGGAACCCGCUGUGUGGUGGCCGGAGCAGAGAAGAAAACAGCCCAGAACAGGAAAUGAUCAAUCUUACAAUGGCUGGGACGGGAAAUUGGAGGAGGAAAUGAGAGAAAUAAUUAACGUGAUAAGAAGAAAGGAUGAGGAAGAUUACUUGAGGUUGGGAGGAAAAGCACUAAAACUGAACAAAAUUCUGGCCGUAAGUGGCCCCGUGCUGACGGGUUUGGCAGCCGUAGGGUCCGCGCUUGUGGGCUCGCCUUCUCACGGCAGCUGGGCUGUGGUGUUGGGGGUUGUAGGCGGCGCGUUGGCUAGUGUGGUGAACUCUUUUGAGCACGGCGGGCAAGUGGGGAUGGUGUUUGAAAUGUACAGGAGCAAUGCCGGAUUCUUUAAGCAGAUGGAAGAGUCGAUUGAAUCAAACUUGGAGGAGGAGGAUUUGGAAAGAAGGGAGAACGGACAAGUGUUUGAAAUGAAGGUUGGUUUGCAGUUGGGAAGGAGUUUAUCUCAGCUGCGAGAAAUGGCGGCGGCUUCUUCUGUUAAAGGGGAAGACAUGGACGAGUUUGCGAGCAAGCUUUUCUAGAUCAGUUCAUUUGUGUCCAUGGAGUAGUUGCAGUAAACAUUUUUUUGUGGUUACAUUAUUAAAUGUAAAGCUAACGUAGUUUUAUGUAAAUUUAGGGCAUACCAAAUUCAUUCUUUUAUUACUUUUUAAUUUGUACAUCAUACAUUUUCACAAGUAAAUGCUAUGUUCCUGUUUUCUUAGAUUACCGGUGCG